AUGUCCGCCACUUCCACUCCCACCGAUUCCCCCAUCUCCACCUCCAUCCAACCCCUUCACAACCCAGCACAGGCUGCUCAGGUCGUCGUUCCCCAAGCACCCCUCGGCAAUGUAGCAAACCAGGCUCCGGGCAUGGGCGCCAAAGCCCUCCUAGCGAAGAAGCUCGCCAAGGGCAACAAUCCCACAUACAUCUCACCGACGGAUAACAUGAUGACACCGGUGACACAAAAGCUGAACGCGGCAAAGAAGAAGCACUUUAACAAGACAGCCAAACCUGUCCAGCUGUUCGCCACGCAGAAGCAGACCGAGGAUUCACAAUCAAGUGACGACGAUGACUCAGCGGAGAAGAAGCCUCCAUCGUCCGACUCGAACAAGAUGGAGGUCGACGACGAGAAUCCAUUCUAA